UCCUCUCACAUCCCCCAUUCCCUCAUCAAUUGCUACAAAACAGAACCUGCCCCUAUUGGUGCAAUUAGUUAGUACCACCACCACCUCUUGUCCCCCAACCCCUACCUCCCUCUCUCCCACGCUCUCUCCCCCUCCUCAACCCCUCACGACCUACAAAAGGCUACCCACAAAAACAAUACCAAAAAAAAAAAAAAAAAAACCCAAAACCACCACUAACCGCUAACCCAAGCCCACAUACAAAAAUGCCAAGCCAAUCACCACCCAACCAAGUCAUAAUAAUAGGCUCAUAGUCUCUUUAGCCACCCACCCUCCACCCACCGCCUCACCCACACAAGUUAUUAUUUUACCAAAUUACCAACAAAUUGCUGAUGAUGGUGAUGAUGAUCAAAUCAAAGAAUGACAAAGAUAAUGGGCAAAGUCAGACAGAGAAGGUGGACCUGGCCCCCCACCUCCCUCUCCCUCUCCCUCUCCCUCUCUCUCUUGUGGUGGUGUGUGCGCGUAGGUUAACUAACCCCCACCCCCCUGGCGCACGUUAGCCACCUCACCCCCACCUAAGCGGUGGCCUCAUCCCACCGCUCAUCUCACCCCACUAGAUCUCAAAAUCAGCCGCACACCCCUCCACCCACCCACCCCCCACCCUACCCCUCUUUUACCCACCACACAAAACAAAUCAAUCAUGCUACCAAACACCACUUUCUCCUCCUCCCCCAACCCUCAUCCUUAUCCUCCCCACCUUUCUCUAUACUGCGCCGCCUCCCUUAUACUUCACCCCUCCCCCCCUAAAAAAAACCAACAAACACCCCCAUCCUCCUCAUCUCCUCCUCCUCCUCCUCCUCCUCCACAACACCGAACGCAAACCCAGCACCAAAGCAACCAACCAUGGCUUCUUCUCCUCCAUCUUCGCCCCAAGACGACUCCAUCCUCCCUCUCCAAUCGGACCCACCGCAGGCCGUCCCUCUGGCCCUCCCGGCCCCACCGCCGCCCCAAACCCAGCAACCCAACCCAACCCCUCCCUCCUCCCGCCGCCUCCCUCCCCCUUGCUGGUCCCACGAAGAGACCAUCGCCCUCAUCGACUCCUAUCGCGACAAGUGGUACUCUCUCCGCCGCGGCAACCUCAAGGCCACCCACUGGCAGGAGGUCGCCGACGCCGUCGCUCACCGCUGCCCCGCCGCUUCUCCUCCCAAGACCGCCGUCCAGUGCCGCCACAAGAUGGAGAAGCUACGGAAACGGUACCGGACGGAGAUCUCGAGGGCCAAGUCCAUGCCUUUGUCCAGAUUCACCUCUUCCUGGGUCCACUUCAAGCGGAUGGACGCCAUGGAGAAGGGUCCCGCGGCUGCGAAGAGGGAGAACUCGGAGAGUCCUGGGGAGGAGGACGAGAAUGAUGAGAAUGAGGAAGAGGACGAUCAGGAUCAGGAGCUGUAUGAGGAGCUGAGAUAUGGGUCGAAUAUGAAGAGCAUGAGCAAGUUGUAUAGAAAUGGAGUUGGGGUUGGAGGCAGUGGUGGAAGUAGUGGAGGUGGGUUUAGGAUUCGGAUCCCAACUGGGGUUAGUAUAGCUCAGCCCGGGACCAAGGUUUAUCCGAAAAUGGAUCCGAAAUUCGGGUUGAAUUCGAAUUCGGGAUCUGGUUCAGGGCCGGGGUAUGGGAGUGCUAAGGUGAUGAGGGAGUGUGGGAAUUCGGUGAGGCCUGGAUUGGGGAAGAGGGAGAGGGAGGGGAGAGAGAGGGAGAGAGACCCCGUGGCAGAGAUGGUUUCGGCGAUCAAGGUUUUGGGAGAUGGGUUUGUGAGGAUGGAGCAGAUGAAGAUGGAGAUGGCGAGGGAGAUCGAGACGAUGCGGAUGGAGAUGGAGAUGAAGCGGACCGAGAUGAUUUUGGACUCGCAGCAGAGGAUUGUGGAGGCUUUUGCCAAGGCAGUUUCGGAGAAGAAGAAGAAGGCCAAGCGAAUGCCCUCCCCGGAGGCAUAGCUGGGCUUGCAGUGGUUGAGUUUCCGGAAAUUCUAAAAGACGAAUGAGCUUCCUGUUCAUAGCAGCCAAAUGCGUUUGCAUCUUAGGGACUAAGAUUGUGAGUUAUUAGUUGUAAGUUCUGUGUUUAACUUUCGCUUUCGAGCCACUUUUUACAAUUAUUUUCCUUUUAAGUCAUGAGGAGAAUGUGAAACUUGAUCACUUUAGCUUGAUUCUGCUCCUUUGUAGCGAUUGUAGCUUAAUCUUUGUAGUUUGUAGUUCGUGUAGUGGAGGAAAACUAUGUAGAAUAGUUGUUGUCUCUCUGUUUAUCUCUUGGUUUAAUGCAUAGAAGCUCUAGCUGUUAAAAUCUUACUCUUUUCUUUUGAUCCGAUAGUAAGAAUGCUUGCUUUAUAAAAAUGGGAAGAGGAUUCUUUUGUUUU